CACCCUGUUGACCAAAUUAGUCCAGUGCUCCCUUUAUCAACAACCCUCUCUACGUUUUCUUUUCACUUUUUUUUUUUUUGUCCUCCCUCUCUUCUUUUUCCUCCUUUGAAUGGUGUUGUUGCAGACAUGGCCGUUGAACUCAUGAUGAGUUGCAGGAACGGUGACAGCUUCGCAGCCAAAAUGGAAGAAAACGCCGUCAAAGAAGCCGCGUCCGGGCUCGAAAGUGUUGAGAAACUCAUCAGAUUACUUUCUCAAACUCAACAGCAGCAGCAAAGUAACAGUAAUAAUCAAGAGAAAUACCAGGCUUCCUCUAUCUCAACAACAUCUAAUUCCCUGGAUUUGGAAAUGGACUGCAAAGCUGAGGCUGAUGCCGCCGUUUCAAGGUUCAAGAGAGUUAUCUCUCUUCUGGAUCGAACCAGGACCGGACAUGCUCGUUUCAGACGAGCCCCUGUUCAACCCAAUCAAGAGCAAGAAACCAAGGUUUAUUACGCAACACCGAUCCAGCAGAUUCCGCCACCAGUGACUACUGCUUAUCCUCUUCCUCCUCCUCCUCCUCCUCCUCCUCAUCAUCAUGAUUUUAUGACGGUGAAAACAGGGGGUUUAGAGAGGAUUGAUUCGUCGAAAACCAUUAAUUUUUCGUAUUCUUCUGCUGGGAAUUCGUUUAUGUCAUCCUUAACGGGAGAUACUGAUAGUAAGCAGCCAUGUUCAUCGUCAUCUGCGUUUCAAAUUACUAAUUUUUCUCAGGUUUCCUCGUCUGGGAAGCCUCCUUUGUCUUCUUCUUCUUCUUUCAAGAGGAAGUGUAGCUCCGACAACUUGGGUUCUGGCAAGUGUACUAGUGGGUCUUCCGGUCGCUGCCAUUGCUCUAAGAAAAGAAAACUGAGAUCGAAAAGGGUGGUGAGGGUUCCGGCAAUAAGCCUGAAGAUGGCCGAUAUUCCACCAGAUGAUUACUCAUGGAGGAAGUACGGUCAAAAACCGAUCAAGGGAUCCCCACACCCAAGGGGUUACUAUAAGUGCAGCAGUGUAAGAGGAUGUCCAGCUCGCAAACAUGUUGAAAGAGCCUUAGAUGAUCCAUCGAUGCUAGUAGUUACCUAUGAAGGCGAGCACAACCAUUCCCUAUCUGUUGCUGAGACCACUAAUCUCAUCCUGGAAUCUUCGUAAAAAAUCCCCCCAAGUUUCAAAUUUCAUUUUCUCUUACAUUAUGUGUAGGAUGGAACAAUUUUAAAUGUGUUCUCAAGUUAAAAGAAAAAAGAGAAGAAAAUCAAUCUCGAAGGAGAUAUUUCCUCUGUAAAAUAUAUCUAUAUGCAGAAGCUUUGUUUAAUUAAAAGGGAAGAUGGUGGAUUUGGUAUUA